AUGGGGAGAGAGAAGAAAACGCACCCUGGCCCGGGUACCACGGCCAAGGACCGACACAAAAAGGCUGGCAAGGUCGGCAAGGCCAUUGACCGUAGCGCGCCUCUGCCUCCGGGACUCGUCGCCGCAAAGCCGGUCAAUGUGGUCAACAACAGCAAACAUCAGUCAUACUUCGAGUUCAUUGAAAAUAAAGACAAGAAGAAGCCUCUACUCUUCCAGAUUACGACAAACAAAAACCCGCCUCCUGGAAUGAGGCAUAUCCCUCUCGGUAACCCUGAACUGACCGAACGAUGCAAGGACAUCUCGAGAGAAACGGGAGCCUCAGUGUACAUUGUGACCAUGGCGAAGAAUAAUGCCUCGGACCUGAGUCAACAAAUCCACCGUGUCGGACAUCACAUUCGCGAGUAUAUUGUCGACAGGGCGCUAGAGGAACUAGGACUGGACAGUGUCAACGAGCCGGAACUCAUCGGUCAAGGCGACGCACAGGUCGAGAAAAUCCCUGAGAAACAGAACGACAUCGAUAAACAGGCGGACGCCGCGCUGCGAGAACUAUUCCCUAGAAUUCCGAACACCGACCGACAACAGAUUAUCGACCAUGCGUUUCAGAAGGGGACAUAUUUCAAAGGCGACCUAGUUGUAGGGCUCCAGCAGGACUUGUCUCUUUCGCGGCGAGUGCAGCUUGCCGUCCUGGCACAUAUUCGACAUAACCAUACCAGAUAUGACGAGCUUCUUAGGGAGACGACCUGGCACAACGCUAGGCGAGCUACAGAGCAGCUCUGCCUAGAUUUCCUCGUCAAGUGGCGAGGUGACGACGAGAAUGGCCGUAACCAGCUUGACGAAAUCCUUCGCGAAGUAGUGGUUCUGUCAGAUGACUCUGACGACGAGGACUCAGGCGAGGAGCCCGACUCCGAGUCGUCAGAGAUAUUCAUCAGCAGGUCCCAUGACGUUGGCAGAGUGUCGGCACCAGCCAUGGCCCAGAACGUCGCUAACCACGAUAAACGCUUGUCGACAGCGAUACCAUCUCAUCCAGGAUCGCCGAUGCUCCUUGCAACGCCCGGAACAUCCAGAAGGAAUGCCAAAAAGGCACGCAGACAGGCUAAGCACCGUGAACGUAACUUUAGCCGUUAUGAGGCUGCCGCAAAUGCUGCCUGGAAUAACGCCAGGCAGCGGCAGCGGGGGCCCGAUGAUCGAACGAAUCAGGCGGACAACUCCGUUAGUCACGGAGCGCAUCCACAGGGCCAGCCUGUUGAAUUCAUUGGCAACAGGGUUCCCAUUGAGCAUAAAGAUCGUGCGGGCUCGCAGUUGAGGCUACCCCCUGCACAGCCCGGCGGCAAUUCUUAUGAGACCAGGCAGCACAUGGAUGAUGCAUUUGGCACCCAGUCCCAGCUUGCCCGAUCUCAGUACUUCUCUUCUGGUCCAAUGAGACACAAGGUAAAUGAAGCUGGCGGCGUUCCCAGCCUCGGCUCCUCCAACAAUGCAGGUGUCCGGGCUCGAGAGAGCCACCAGCUGCAAGACUUCCUGCACCCAUCAAUUGAGCCGAGAUCCCCCGACGCCGUGAGGUCUCCAUCACGCUAUUCCCGUGGCAUGGUGGAAUUCAUGGACCGCAGAGGCGAUGAGCUAUACCCGCGUCUGAACUCCCCUCCCCUUGGCCCUAUGGUACGAGAAGAGCGCUACAACCAUCAACCCCAGAUCCACCAAAGUCAUCCCAUCCGUGCGAGACCUUUGCGUGAUGGCCAGGACAUUGUUCAAGCACCUGAAUUAUCAUAUCGCAAUGUGCCACGGGAUUCCGCUCGACCAGUCGCGUAUCAGCCCAUGCGAGAGUAUGGCCCUCCUCGACCUCAGGUUUACGCUGACAGAAUCACCCACCGCGAGGACAACCUGAGACGACGUCAAGGGAGUGUCAUGGGAGAGAGAGCCAAUCCCAUCAUGAUUGAGGAUCACAAUGUUCACCCAGGUACAGUCGUUCUCGGCACAGGUGAGAGCGUCCGAGACAGAUUUGGCCCCAAUGUCGAGAUUCUCGCUGUCCAUCGCCCCAUACGUGAUGGUGGCCCAGACACACAGCGUUUUAAUUCAAUGGACGAAGGCUUCAUUCGCUUGCGGGAAAACAACAUGGAUCAGCGGAGGUUGGAAGAGGAGGGCUUUCUCAGGCUUAGAGAGCGCCCUAUCGCCGAACCCAGGCAUUCUGCAUUUCCUACUGAUGGACGUUCUCAUCUUGACGGCUACCGGACUGCGCAACAGCCACAGCAAUACCGCCCAGCUGAACCACCCGGGCAAGCCAUCUACGUGAGGCGCGUCGAAAGGCCGCCCCCGGCUGACCUAUCCUAUUCGGGGCAUAGUUAUGAACGUGUGGAGACGGUCAGAAAUGAUAGUCUUGCUCAGCGAAGAGUCCCGUCGCCUGCAUAUCGGGGAGCGCCAUACGAGCAUCAUCAUCAUCAUUCGGUGCAGGGAGCAUACGGUGUUCCUGUUCACCGACACGCCAUGUCAGCUCAACGGCUUGAAGACUCGUUCAGAUCUGACAGACAUCGACCAUCGCCACCCCGCGCAUCGCGCCAGUGGCCACGAGCAAACGAUGAUGUGAUCGUGCUUGAGUAA